UUGAGCUGGUAGUCAGGCCAGGGCCGGCCAGUCGUGGGAGUGACAGCCACCGCUUGGAGGCGUUUCAGCCCAGCCCUCGGGACAAUGACAGCUAGUGGAACUAGUGGAACCCACUUCAUGUGCAGAGCCUGACUGAAGCUCAGGCUUCGUCUCACCCCAGCUAAAACCCAAACCAAGCGCCGGCGGGUUGGAUUCGCUUGAUCAUUUGGCCACCCACUAACCCACGAGCUGUUUGACCCGAAAACCUGUUAGCCUCUGGGCGUGCCUGAUCCCGACCUGGCCCAGCCACUCAGCCAUUCCAUGAUUGGAUUGGGUCAUUAGCGCCCGCGGCCGGGCCCUCACUCCCAGCCCCCCGCCCCCCGCCUCCGCCUCCGUUAACCCCUAGUAUGAGGUGAACCUAGAUCCCACCGCCCGACCCCAUCAAUUUUGCCUCAGGUGGGUGGGUUCAACGGUUCAGCCCGCUCCAUUAGCUUGACUAUGAGUUGGACGCGUGGGGAUUCCCCGGCCUCACUGGCCAGGCCAGAGGGGGCAGGCCCGGGGCCGUCCGCUCACGACACCCUGGCCCAGCGGGCCUCUUCGGACUCCCGUCCCCUGGUCGAGCUGAGUGUGGCGCAAGUCUACGACAUGGCCGCCGAUAUCGGUCGUGAAUUCGAGUCGCUCAUCGAUGCCUACGGUCCCGAUUCCAUCACCGGGCUCAUGCCUAAGACCAUCUUAGCCUUGGAAUAUCUCGAAGCUUUCGCUUCAGAAAAUGACGCUCAAAUAACCGCCAUUGAAAGUCUUCAAUCGACCAUCAAGCAUUUGGAAUUAGAAGAUACCAAGAAAUAUGAGGAACGUCAACGCAGUGCUCGGGAAAUGGAACAAAUUGAAGAGCAUUACAAACAAGAAACCCGAGACCUGUUGGCCACUGUCAAGCGCUUGCAGGAUGAAAAUCGGAAAUUGGCCUCGUCUUUAGCCGCCGCCACCGAACGUGAUAGCGCCUUCUCGGAAGAUGAGGCCUACUUCGAAGUGGAUCUGGUGAACCGUCUUCAAUCUGUGAUUGAUAAGCAACGAGGUCAGAUAAAAAAAUUGGACCAAAACGCUCUGGACGUGAGAACUGAAAAUGAGGAGCUUAAAUGCUACAAUGACAAAUUGAAUGGCUGCACAAAAGAUCUUAGGCGUAAGAUUCGCUCCACCCAAACCCAACUGCACGAAAUGAUCGAUGAGCGCGCCGAAAUAACCGCCAAGUAUAACGAGGCUCAGCGUGACAUUCAGAUUCUGUCCAGACAUCUCGGGGAUGCCGCCAAAGAGUGUAAAGACCUGUCACAGGAGGCGGAUCACGCUAAAGGGAGACUCGUGUACUCGGAAAACGAUCCUAAUCGACCGCGGUUCAACUUGGCCGAAUUGAAAGAGAUUCUUCAGGAACGGAAUAGCCUCAAAGCUAAAGUGAGCGACUUACAAGACGAACUGGCCAUGUUUCGGCCUAGACCGGCCACCGAGGCCUCUGUGAACUCACCUCGACAUGGGUACAAAGUGCGAUUGAGUGGUGGUGGAGGAGGUGGUGGACUUGCCAAUUGCGAUUGUUCAUAUCAUUCCAAGAAUUUCAGCUCAGUUGAAAGUGACGAAGCCAUAGAAGCUCGAGAAGCCCAAUCAGAGGAUGACUUGAAAUCCUUGAAGUUUGAGGACCUCCCAGUCCAGGGUCCUCUUCCCGAAGAUCCGGAUGACGCACCGUGGAAAAGAGGCAACGAGUCGGGAAUUCGAAAACUAUUUCGUAAAGUAUUUGGAGUCAGCUCUGUCUCCUCCGGUUCCGGUCUUCCGCAUUCCAUAUCAACUCCAGUAUUGUGCCAAAAGGAUUUGGAAGCUUGCGAAACCUACAAAGCUAAUUCCGGUCAAGGAUUGAAGAAAUCAUUUUCGCGCUUUUCUUUCCUUUUGUCGUCUGCUUCUCAACAGGAACAAGAGGCGUUACAAGACGAGAAUUGAUUUUGCUUAUCUGUAGUUGUGCAGACAAAUCAGUUCACCUCCCCACAAUGCACCUCCUCUUCGUAGUCCCUGGAUAAGUUAUUAACCCUAGAUCUCGGUUGAGGCGAACCAAACUCUUAUAAAAGUCAAAAGCAACAUGACCUGAUCAAUCUUGGAUCAAGACCUCCCACAAGCUCUAAUAUCGCCUUGCAACUUUCUUGGUUGAUCGGGACAUCAUCAAGUCGUCAAUAUUAUGGUAGCUAUACUAAACCCCGAAUCUAGUCAAAUUGAACUCUGAACCGAAUUUUUCCCCCAAAUAUGUGAUUGAUUGUUGAGGAAUAUCUUUAUUUACAUUCUGAAUGCACUCUCAAAGUAUU